AAAGCUUUAACCGGAUAUGUGAUUGUCGGGCAUAUUUGACUUUUACGUGGACGGGGCCGGUGUGGGGGAGUUCAGGUCUGCUCGGACUUUGGAAGUUUGGUUUUGCCGUCUGUGAGAAGACGAUGAUUCUGCGUGUUCAACUCGCUCUGCUUCUUGGUCUACUGGUGUUCGACUUGGCCCAGCAACUCAAGCCUGUGUUAGGCCAAGACCAGAAUGAAAUCAACUUACCAGAACUCAGUGACGUUUGCACCAAGGGCAGCUGUUAUCCAGCAACAGGAGAUCUUCUUAUUGGUCGAGCGCACCAGCUUUCAUCAACCUCCACUUGUGGACUAAACCGUCCGGAACCCUUCUGCAUUGUCAGCCAUCUGCAGGAGGAAAAAAAAUGUUUCAUGUGUGACUCAGCGACCCCCUACAGUGAACCAGUGAAUCAGACAGAAAGCCAUCGUAUUGAGAAUGUCGUUACCACAUUUGCUCCGAACAGACUGAAGACCUGGUGGCAAUCUGAGAAUGGGAAGGAAAAUGUCACUAUCCAGCUGAACCUGGAGGCAGAGUUUCACUUCACUCAUCUCAUCAUGACCUUCAAAACAUUUCGACCUGCUGCAAUGGUCAUUGAGCGCUCGGCAGACUUUGGCAAAACCUGGAAGGUGUAUCGGUACUUUUCCUAUGACUGUGAAACGUCCUUCCCUGACGUUUCUGUCGGUCCCAUGAAGAAGGUUGAUGAUGUCAUCUGUGACUCGCGCUAUUCCGACAUUGAACCAUCUACUGAGGGAGAGGUCAUUUUCAGAGUUUUGGACCCUGCUUUUCGGAUCCACGACCCAUAUAGCCCUCGAAUCCAGGAUAUGCUUAAGAUCACCAAUCUAAGGGUGAAGUUAACCAAACUCCACACGCUUGGGGACAACUUGCUUGACUCGCGUAUGGAGAUUAAAGAGAAGUAUUACUAUGCUGCCUAUGAUAUGGUGGUUCGAGGAAACUGCUUCUGCUAUGGACAUGCGUCAGAGUGUGCCCCAGUCCAGGAAACUGGCUAUGUUAGGGAAGGCAUGGUUCAUGGUCACUGCAUGUGUAAUCAUAAUACCAAAGGACUGAACUGUGAACAGUGUCAAGAUUUCUAUCAUGACCUACCUUGGAGACCCGCUGAGGGACGCAACACCAACGCCUGCAAAAAGUGUAACUGCAACCAGCACGCGGACUUAUGUCACUUUGACAUUGCCGUCUACAUGGCUUCAGGAAAUGUAAGUGGCGGUGUGUGUGAUGACUGUCAACACAAUACAUCUGGAUACAACUGUGAGCAGUGCAAACCGUUCUACUUCCAACACCCCGAGAAAGAUGUUAGAGAUCCGAACAUCUGCCAGCCAUGCAGUUGUGACCCAUUGGGCUCUUUGAAUGGAGGAAUCUGUGAUGGGAAGACAGACAUUAGACUAGGGCUCAUUUCUGGUCAAUGCCGCUGCAAAGGCAAUGUGGAGGGAGAACGCUGUGAUCGCUGCAAACAGGCGUACUAUGGGCUCACUGAUUCAGCAGAAGGCUGCAAAGCAUGCACUUGCAACAUUCUGGGAACAGUGCCUGAUGGAAUUCCUUGUGACAGUGAGACAGGAAACUGCUUCUGUAAACGAUUGGUGAUUGGAAAGGACUGUGACCACUGUGUGCCGGAACACUGGGGUCUCAGCAAUGAUAUGGAUGGCUGCAGAUCGUGUGACUGUGACCUGGGGGGAGCCAUCAACAACCAGUGCGAUGAGCUGACCGGUCAGUGCGCCUGCAGAGAACACAUGUUCGGCCGCGGCUGUGAUCAAGUUGAGUCAGGAUUCUACUUCAUUGCUCUUGACCACUACACCUAUGAGGCAGAGGAUGCCAAGUUAGGACCCGGUGUAAUGGUGGUUUCAAGGCCCCACCCACAGGACCACGUUCCCACCUGGACAGGUAUUGGCUUGGUUAAUGUUCCCGAGGGAGCCUUCCUUGAAUUUUCUGUUGACAACAUUCCUCACUCCAUGGAGUAUGACAUCCUCAUCCGCUAUGAGCCUCAGCUGCCUGACCAAUGGGAAGAAGUUCUUAUGACCGUGAUGAGACCAGGACCCAUCAGAGCAGAUAGUCGUUGUAUAAAUACUGUGCCAGAUGAUGACAACCAAAUGAUUUCACUCCACCCUGGGUCACGACAUGUGGCUCUUCCCAGACCAGUUUGUUUUGAAUCCAGUUUGAACUACACCAUCCGCCUAAGUCUGUCAUUGUAUUCGGCCCUCAGUGAUGUUCAGUCGCCGUACACGCUCAUUGAUUCGAUCGUGCUGAUGCCUCACUGUAAGAACUUGGACCUUUUUACCAACUCAGAAGGAGGGGAAUCUGGUGAAAAUCGUGGAUGGGAAACUUUUCAGCGUUAUCGUUGUAUGGAGAAUAGCCAGAGUGUUGUCAAGACACCGAUGACUGACAUUUGUCAAAACUUCAUCUUCAGCAUUUCUGCUCUGCUUCAUCAGGGAGCCAAAGAAUGCCAGUGUGACCCCCAAGGCUCUCUGAGUACAGUCUGCAAUGUGAGUGGAGGUCAAUGUCAGUGCCGACCUCAUGUCGUUGGUAGAAACUGUGACAAAUGUGCUCCAGCUACUUUCCAGUUUGGGCCAAGUGGCUGCAAAGAAUGCAACUGUGACGCUCAGGGCUCACAGAGCCCUCUUUGUGAUCAGCUGUCCGGCCAGUGUGUGUGCGUUCCGGGAGCAUAUGGACGUCAGUGUAAUCGCUGCCUCCCGGGCUACUGGGGCUUUCCUAUGUGCCGUCCAUGUUCUUGUAACGGACACACAGAGGACUGCGAUGCUCACACGGGACAGUGCCUCAACUGCAGGGACUACAGCACAGGGCACAACUGUGACAGGUGCUUGGAUGGUUACUAUGGUGACCUGACGCUGGGCUCCGGUGACCAUUGUCGCCCCUGUAUGUGUCCUGAUGGUCCAGGUAGCCUGCGGCAGUUUGCUGGAAGUUGUUUUCGAGGUGACAAUUCCCAACAAGCAGUCUGUGUCUGUGACACUGGAUACAAAGGUACUCGCUGCAAUGAGUGCUCCCCUGGUUACUAUGGAAAUCCUCAUGAAAUCGGGGGGUCGUGCCAGCCCUGUCACUGCAACAACAACAUUGAUAUGUUGGACCCAGAAUCCUGCAACCCCCAAACUGGCGAAUGCCUGCGCUGUCUAUAUCACAGCGAAGGGCAUUCUUGCGAAUAUUGCAUGAUGGGUUACUAUGGCAAUGCACUUCUGCAAGACUGCAGGAAGUGUGUUUGUAACCGUCUGGGUAGUGAUAGUACCAGUUGUCCUUCAUCAGGUGACUGUCACUGUGACCGCAAUAGUGGUCAGUGUCAUUGUCUUCCCAAUGUGAUUGGUCAGCACUGCGAUCGUUGUGCACCAGACACCUGGAACAUGGCAAGCAAUACGGGCUGCCAGGCCUGUGAGUGUGACCCUAAACAUUCGUACAGGAACUCAUGCAAUGAGAUCAGUGGUCAAUGCUCAUGUAUGCCAGGCUUUGGAGGCAGGACGUGCAGAGAAUGUAGAGCACUCUUCUGGGGUGACCCAGAGGUCGAAUGUCAUGAAUGUGAUUGUGAACCUCAUGGCAUCACUCAACCACAAUGCAACAAAGACAACGGUCACUGCAUUUGUGUAGAAGGAGUGUCUGGUCCACGGUGUGAUACCUGCGCCCGUGGCUUCUCUGGUACUUUCCCCAACUGCCAACGCUGCCACCAAUGCUUUGCCGAGUGGGAUGCUAUCAUCGGACAAUUAACAAAUCAAACACACCGACUUGCAAACAAGGUGAACACUAUCAAGAUUAGUGGAGUCGGUGGGCCGUACAGAAAGUCGAUCGAAAGUAUGGAAAGGAGUAUAUCAGACAUCCACGCCGUCUUCAACCAAAACCCAGCCUCGCAGCCUCUAACCGAGAUCCAACAGCUCUUACAAGAGGCCAGUGACUUGAUGGGAUCUUUGAGCCAGUCACUGAACCACACGGAAAAUAUUCUACUCAAUGUGCAAGAAGAGAAUAGCAACAUGGAGGGUAAGCUAAAGUUGCUGAUGGCAGAUGCUCAGAAACUCGAGCGGACAGUUCAAGACAUUCUGGAUCAGGUUGAGUUCAUCAGGAAUUCUGAUGUCAGAGGCGCAGCUGACAGUGUAUCUAAGUACCUCCUGCAGUCUUUGAAAGCUGAAGAACGAGCAAAUGCAUCCACCAUUGACCCCAACAGCCCUGUGGAAAACUCUGCUAACAUACGUAAACUCACGGAGGAUAAGAUGAACUUAACCAGAGAUGAGUUUCUCAGGAGACACAAUGACCAUGCACAGAGACUGGAUGACCUGGCAGGUCAAAUCCAGACUCUGGACCUUUCACAGCUCAGCCACAAGACAUGCGGGAAUUCAGAUGGUCAGGACUCAUGUUCCUCUCCCUGUGGGGGAUUAGGAUGUGUAAAUGCAGAGGGUGGCCUCAUGUGUGGGGGGCCAGAAUGUGAUGGUGUGUUGACAAAAGUUCAUUCCAGUUGGCAGAAUGCUUUUGAAUCUGAAAAGGAAAUAGUAAAUGCCAUGAAGGAAGUGGAUAAACUUGCCAAGAUGGUGUCAGAGGCAAAACAAAAGGCAGAUCAAGCAAAAGUGAGCGCCCGUGACGUUUUCAUGAAGACUAACAGGACCAAACACGAUAUCGAUCGGAGCAGCGAAGAGUUGCGAGUCCUUAUCAGAGAGAUUCGAGACUUCCUUACAGAGGAUGGAGCAGACUUGGAGAGUAUUGAAAAAGUUGCUAAUGAGGUGCUGGCCAUGCAAAUGCCAACCACACGAGCACAGCUUCAGAACCUCACAGAUGAAAUCCGUGAAAAGGUGGGGGAACUGGGCAAUGUGGAAAGCAUCCUGGAGCAGAGCACUGAGGACAUUGCUAGAGCUGAAAGCCUACUUGAACAGGCCCGGAAAGCUAGUCAGGAGGCAGAUGAUGUGAAGGAAUCUGCUGAGAUGGUCAAACAAGCUCUGGCAGAAGCUCAGAGAGCUCAGGCAGCUGCCAGCAGUGUGAUCCAGCAUGCCACUGACGAUAUCAAGAACACCAACAAGCUUCUCCUCUUAGUCAAAUCAGGUACAACCGAUGUCGAAGUAAAACUGGACAACGCCACUAAGCGAUUGCAGCAGCUUGAUGAGGAUGUGACACUGUUGAGAAACAAAACUCUGAAGGUCACACUGACCAGCGAACAGACCAUUCAUGAUGCAACAAUCAUAAGACAAAUAGUCAAAGAGGUGAAAAAGGGCAUGGACACUGAAAUUAAGGACAAGUACUCCACUGUAGAGCAACUAAUUGACCAAAAAGGGAGCGGGGUGGCUGAGGCAAAGAAGAGGGCGGAGUUAUUGCAGCAAGAAGCUAAGGAGCUGCUGUUGCAAGCCAGUCGCAAGCUGAAGAUUCUCAAAGAUCUAGAAAAGUUAUUUGAGGACAACGAACAUACACUUGAGGUGAAGGCAGAGCAGCUGGGUGAACUGGAGGCCUCAGUUAAGGAGCUGCUGCAGCAGAUCAGCCACAAAGUUACACUUUAUAGCACAUGUUUAUUCUAAAGUUAAAGGUCACUGCUUGCUAAAGGAACAUAUUUUUUUACUUUUUUUAUCUGAAUCAAAAAGGCCAUGAAAAAAACAUUUCAAAUAUGCAUUAGUAACUACUGAAUAAAAGUGUUUUACCUUA